GAGGAUGUGAUAUCAAGUAAAUUCCCGCUACGACCUGUCCGAUUUUUCUUCCCGGCUGCAAAUUUGUUGGGCAAACAUUUUAUUCAUUUUUGCUUUUAAAGUGCUUGUUAAUCUAUUGCAUGAAAAUGUUGAUGAGAGAGGGUGGAUGCUGGAGAAGCUGACGUUUUCGGGGUGGAUAGUAGAGCUAGGAUGCAAGAGAAGUGGCAGUGUGUCCGUGGAGACUUGACGCACCACAUCAACCAAGAAGUUUCGACGUUGUUUCAGGGAGCGAAGCGGUUAUGAAGAACAAUUACGCCACGGAUUUUCUGAACUGGAGUGGUGGUUAGCCAUCCAGCAAAAUAGAGACAAGAAGCAGAGGAGCCUACAGGGACAGAGGGGAUGAAAAGAAGGAAGUAGCCAAAGCAGUUAUGGGUGCUGUAGGAGUAGGGCUUGGCGUCCUUCUGUAUUUUUUACACGAAGGAUCCUCAAGUUCAAAUCACACCAUCCUCCUCCCUUGCCACCCACAACAAGAACACUGCCGGAAUGAAGAAAUCCGUUCCGUCCUGGAGCUCGUCGUUCAAAACAAAACUAGAACCGUGAUAGGAUCAUUUCCAACCGAACAUUGCGAUUUGAUCGAGUCAGCGACCGCUGUUUCAUCCGUCACUGUCGUCGCUUGGAACUGUCCUAAGAUAAGCUGGAGCACUGGAAACAGCUCGAUGUUAAGAUGCCUUCCGAAACUGACAACCAUUGCAAAAGCGUUGUUUCAGACAAUUAAAUAUUUCCGUUUCAAAUCUGCAACGAUUAUCACACUAGACUUUGGCAUUUGGACUCAACUCUCGGUACUUCUAGAAAACAGGCUAUUGAAAGGGAACAUAACUGUGAAACAUCGUACUACUUUAAUAAAUGACCGUUAUGACAUAAACACGCUACAAAAUAUUCUUAUGCCGACAGGUUCACCGGCCAGGGUGACGUGCAUUUUGGUUCCACUCGACUGGCCAGAGAUAAACCUUUUAUUGCAAGUGUUGGAGAUUUACAGCACAACUGAUUUUCUAGCUUCAUCUCUCCUGUUUGUACACCUAUGGAUUUACCCACCCUUUGGAGCGUACACCGAUGUUCUAAGCCGAAUGGCCUACACCUCUCUUGUCAUAUCGACUCGCUUUUCAAUCCAUCCUUUUCAUCAGAUGACUUACGGGAACUACUUUCAGCUCGAUGAUCUCGAUUAUUUGGUGGAAACAUCUUUAGAGGCGAUCGAGGGAGGGAAAAAAGAAGAUUUAGUGAACGGUUUCACAGUUUGGGACUGGGUUGGACAGAAUAGCACCAGUGACAUGUCUGCCUACUGGCGACCUAUCAUCCAUCUUUACAUCGAGGAGAGAGAAAAAUUAAAACUAAAACCUUUGGUAAACAGCUCCAGAGAUUGGAUAAGGCUGAAAACUGAUCCUUUCAACAACACAGAAUACAUUUGUGAAAAUGAUGAAUGUCUUGUAGAGAAUAAUGGUUUUUUCACAAAGGCAGUGAACAUCCUUAUAGUAGUAGUGUCAUCGUUUAUAUUGGUCUGCUCUUUAGUAAGCGCUUCCUCUUUUCUAAGGAGGUUGUAUCAGAAAUCAAGGAUGUCGAAGGGGCCUUGCAAAAUAAUUUUGACACCAACAGACUUUGUGUUUCCACAUAUACCCGAAGUAAAAAGAGUUGAAGAAGGGAUUGAAGCAAUGCUUUGUUGUUGGCUACAUCAACUCCAAGAAUUGGGAGGACCAGAAGUGGACAAACCAGACCUUCUCAAAGGUUCAGUGGGUUCUCUCAAAUCAACAAUGAAAAAGAGCCCCAGCAUUGGAAGCAUAUCCAAAAUCAGCUCAGAUCCUAGGGCAAGGUAUAAUGGGGAUCUGGUGCAGCUCAAGGCAAUUCUUGAUGAUUCUGGAAGUUUUGAACUUAGGAGUAAAUCAAUGGACUGCUUAAUGACAAUGCACACUUUAAGACAUGAGAAUUUAAAUCCAAUCAUUGGGUGCCUUACCGAUCCCCAACGGCCUUAUCUAGUUUGGGAAUACUGCAGCAGGGGAUCAUUAGAAGACGUCCUAAUGGCCGAUGAAAUUAAACUUGAUUGGUCUUUCAGACUUUCUCUCCUGACGGACCUAGUCAGGGGAAUGAAAUACUUACAUUCAUCUCCUGUAAAAGUCCACGGUAAUCUUACAUCAAGAAACUGUGUAAUUGACGCAAGAUGGGUCCUCAAAAUCACGGACUACGCCAUGCCGAAGUUUUACGAGUGUCAAAAUUUAACCCCUCCAGCUAAGAAACCAAAAGACUUGCUUUGGUCAGCCCCUGAAUUUUUGAGGGACCCAUCCCUGCGAAAAUGCGGUACCCAAGCAGGAGAUGUAUAUAGUUUUGGUAUAAUUAUGCAGGAGGUAGUAGUCAGGGGAGAACCAUACUGCAUGCUCUCUCUUCCACCAGAAGAAAUUCUGGAGAAGAUAAGGAGACCUCCACCACUAAUAAGGCCUUCCGUUAGCAAAGGCGCAGCACCACCAGAGGCCAUAAAUAUAAUGAGGCAAUGUUGGGCCGAGCUUCCAGAAAUGAGACCAGAUUUCAACACUAUUCAUGAUUUAUUUAAAACUCUUAAUCAUGGAAGGAAAGCAAACUUUGUUGAUACAAUGUUCCAAAUGCUAGAAAAAUACUCUAACAACUUAGAGGACUUAAUUCGCGAAAGGACUGAGCAGCUGGACAUGGAGAAAAAGAAGACAGAACAACUUUUAAACAGGAUGCUUCCAAGUUAUGUUGCUGAGAAACUUAAGUUUGGAAUGCCUGUCGAUCCCGAAGAAUUCAGCGAAGUGACAAUAUACUUUUCUGACAUAGUUGGCUUCACAACCAUUUCGGCUUACUCAACACCAUUUGAAGUCGUUGAUCUUCUUAAUGAUCUUUACACUUGUUUUGAUGCUACUAUAAAUGCUUACAACGUUUACAAGGUUGAGACAAUCGGAGAUGCUUAUAUGGUUGUCGGUGGGCUUCCAAUUCGAACGCCAGACCAUGCACAGCAGGUUGCUACAAUGGCGUUGGACCUGUUGCACCACAGUGGAAAGUUCAGAAUUAGACAUUUGCCCUUUACUCCUCUGCGCUUAAGAAUAGGAUUACAUACAGGGCCCUGCUGUGCUGGUGUUGUCGGUCUGACUAUGCCGAGGUAUUGCUUAUUCGGUGACACAGUCAACACGGCUUCGAGAAUGGAAUCUUCAGGUUCCGCUUGGAGAAUUCACAUAUCAGAAUCGACAAAAUGCAAACUGGAAGAGUCAGGAGGAUAUCAAAUUGAAUGUCGAGGUCUAACUGAGCUAAAAGGAAAAGGAAGAGUCAUGACUUAUUGGCUACUAGGAAAGAACGGCUUUGAAAAACAGCUUCCAACCCCACCACCAAUAAGGGAAAGCCAUGGUUUGGAUGAACAUUUAGUUCAGUAUGGAAGGACCGGUGUAUACCCAAAUCAAAACUUCACAGAGGAACCAAGAAGAGCCGACGAUAGUUCAUCUGACAUUGAACCCAUGACAUCAACCCCUACAAAAUCAAAGAAACCCGUGAAAUCUUUUUAUCAGCUUUCGUUGGAUGCAGGUUUACUAGCAGCCUCUGCUGAAGAAAAGCGAGCUGAACACAAAUGGAAGUCACAGAGACAAAUGACUUUUGAUAUAUCCGAGGAACAAAAGCUCGAUAAUAAGACAAACGAUGUUAAAAAUUCAACAAGUGAGCACUCUAAAUCGGGGAUCAUUACACCUUUUUCAGCUUCAGAGCUAAAUGUUGACACACCAGGUGUUUCUUUCAUUAAUCAAAGUAAAAGUGUACAAAACCUAAAUGGUAAAUUGAGAAAAGUUGUUGAUGAAAAUGACCUCAGUUCUCAGUACAACCAUUAUAAGUGCCUCUCGCCAAAUGAUGGAUCUGGUCACCAAAAAGCUGCCAGUUCCAGAUUCCUCAAAAGACAGUUCAGUGUCGAUAAAGAGGACGUUGUAGAGGCUAAGAAUGUACGAAUUUACAAGCAAAACUCAGCUGGAGCUGCAAAUGAUCUAGCUAGAAUAGAUGAAGUUCCACAAGUAUCAAUUUCCUCUCCAAAAUUCGGGCACAGCUCGAAUUACAAGCAUCGAACUGUACAUUCCACAGCUUCGUCUGAAUCUCUUAACUGAUAACCUUAUUCCUCCUUUGGACAAAACAAAAUAAUAUUUAAAAAGAAUGCACAAAUUUGUUUCUUAUACAUGAGUUCAACAGUUCAACAAACAUGAUUUUUUUCUGUAAAUAUUUCCUUCUUAGCUAAACAUUGUUGAUCAUCUACAUUCAAUACAUGUACAAAAAAGUUUAUAAAAUUGGAAAGUAUGAUUUAUUUUAAAAAAACCUUUUGACAUUUUUUCUAUGUUGUAUUUUAAUUAUAUUUAUUUUAAUAACAUGCGUUCUCAUGAAUCGUUACAUAUACUUACGAGUAAUAAUAAUUUAAUUCUUCAACAUGGUGCAAUCAAAUCAGUCAAAUAUUUCUAAUUUAUUUUACUUAAGAAAUGUCAUUUUUUAUGUACUUAUUAUUAAAUUAAAAAGUAUUAUUAUAGACAAAAUACUUUUUCUUGCGUUAAUUGUGAAACCAGUUUGUCUUUGUGCAAAAUUCCCAUUAACAAUUAAAUUAUUAGAAAAAGAAAUUGAGGAUUAAAUUCUACUACCGUCGGUCGAAUUAUAUUGAAUUGCAACACUCAGUUUUUGCAGUUAACUUGCUACUUGUUAGGAUUUUAAUAUAGGAACAUAUUAGUAAUCAUCACUUUUAUUUUAAUUUUUAUGGGUUAUAAUACAAAUGGAAAGAAACGCUUAUGAAUAUUUGUAGUGAAAAGUUAAGUGUAAAGAACACACAAAGAAGAUAUAAUGGUGUGUUAUUUUUGUAAAAUGUAUUAUUUUAUUUUUAGUUAUGAAUCCUUUAAGCUAGACUGAAAUAUAUUUCCUGUUAGAAUGUUCACAAUUCCACAAAGCCCCUGGGGUUUCAUACUAACCCUUUAUAACUUAAAGUGACCAACUGAAAGGCAAUAAUAAUUAAAUGAGAUGUAAUGUACAUAGUUAGACAAAUCAUUAAAUGUGAAAGGCUUUCAGUAUCUUUUAGUGUAGAUGUAUAAAUGUUUUCAGAUAGCAAUUCCUUUCAAUAUAAAAAAUUGGACAAUGGUAUAAAAUUUAAAUUGUAAGUGAUUAACAAUAAGUGAAAAAAAUUAAAUUCAUAAUGAUGGCUCAAUGUCAAACCCUCAACAUUUUUGAUGUUUAGAAAAAAACUGUUUUAGAAUUAGAAAUCAAAAUUUAUCAAUAUUGAUAAUAAUAUUUUUAUUUGACAC